GGUCCGGCACCGAGCCUAUAAAAAGGGCGAGGAUCACAUGGCCGGCAUCAGUAGGAGUUGAGAUUGCCCAGUGAAAAAGGAAGAGAGAAAAAUCCGCUCAAGCGAGAGUUCGAACCCCCCCACAACCCAACCCCGGGACCAUUUAGGCUUACAAAAGGAUCUCCUUUUUUCUAGAAAAAUCCUAAAUCGGUGAUAAUUUUUCUGAAGGAAAAAAGUCGAUACAGCAGUUCCUUGUCCCUUAACUGCAUCAUUUCAAUUUAUUUUCAUAACGACAUUUUUUCUUUGGAAAUUUUGAAUCUUUGCUAACUUAAGGAACAAAAUGACGGCUGGAGAUGAAAUUAAGCCUAGUGAGGUCAAGGCUCAGACUCAAGUCGAGAAGGAGGUGACUCCUCCGAAGGGGAAGGAGGAAGAGCCUACAAAGGCGAGUAUAAGGAACCAAAUGUGGGCUAAACUCGAAAGUUCCGACCUCGUCCUGUUUCCGAGACCUUGCAAGUACCGAAUACCUCGGAUCAAGGGCGAGAACGAAGCCGUUGAGAGGCUCGCACAGCUUGAUAUAUUUAAGAGUGCUAAAGUUGUUAAAGUUAACCUCGAUAAAGCACAUGAGCGAGUCCGGCUUGAAGUCAUUCAGUCUGGGAAGGAGCUAGUGGCCGGAACUCCAGGCCUGCGGGAAGCCGUGUUCCUCCUAAUGAGACCACCGAUGGAGCCGAACAAGAUGGCUAACAAAAUGGCAGCAUCAAGGAUCGGAAUCCACCAUUUGGGCAUGGCCCUUGACUUUUCUUCCGAGUCAAAGGCUGAUCUCGUCAUCCUAGGAUCGGUGGCGGUAGACAAAAAAGGUCAUCGUAUUGGGAAAGGAGAAGGAUUUUCAGAUUUAGAGUAUGCCCUCCUUUCCAAACUUGGAGCCAUUUCCCCGAAUGCUGUCAUCGCAACAAUUGUACAUGAUGUUCAGGUGUAUGAUGAAUUCCCUGAAUCAAUGUUUAAACCGCAUGAUGUACCAGUCGAUGUCAUAGUCACACCUACUCAGGUGAUAGAAGUAGAAAAACGACUUCCACGACCAAGUUUGAUGUGGAACUUAUUAUCAAAUAGGCGUGUGAACGAUAUACCCAUAAUAAGGCAAUUGCUUGACAAAGAACAGUUGGGCGGGAACAAGAUAGAAUUGAAGGAGGUAGACUCUGAACCAGAGUCACAGCGCCCCUUCUUGCCAAUUCGUAGGCGUAGAUUUAUGAGACGUAGGAGGCAGGCAUCAGCGCCUGAGCAAAGGCAACAGGGAAGACCGAUUAGGAGGGAAUCAAGUGCACCCCCUCCAAACAGGUCCAGCAGAACAUUCCGCAGAAGGCCGAGAAGGCAGCUGCCGGCAGGUGCCGAAUCGCCAAAAAAUUAUGUUGUUUUAAAGGUUGAAGGUCAAAGAGAAACUGGUGUGAAGCCAAUGCGCAGAGGCCCUAUGAGGAGAAUCAGCAAACCACGCUACACAGUAGAUUUUAGCAUCCGUGUUAAUGGGCUGACCUCAUCAGUGCGUAUAAGAGAUCUCAAAGCUGCUCUCAUUGAGCGUGGUGUAAGGCCAAAUGACAUCUCAUGGCGUGCAACCAAGGGUGUUGCUUUGCUUCACUUUGCUAAGCGCAAACACCAUGUAGCUCAAGAGACCAUUCCGAUGGUGACUGCUGGAGUUGAUGAAGUAGUUGCAUCUCUCCAAGGAUUAUCUGUCAAAUCGGAAGAUGGCCCAGCAAUGGACCUCAGCGUCGAGGCUGCAAAACCAAUUGUUCGUGCAGAACCUGUGGCUGAGGCUACUGCUGUCUAAUUAAAACAAAAAAAAAGAAAAACAUAUCCUAUCAAGCAAGUCUCCAAAUCACCCGUUCGAUUCUAUCUUUGUUCAACUGUUUUUCAAUCGUUUGUUGACCGCAUCUUUAGUUAAUUGUUUUAUAUUUCAAAAAGAUCAUUUCGUUUUGCCUAUUGUUUCUAAUAGAGAUUCUGUUGCUGAAGAAGAAUUACUAUUUGCAUUUAUGCGAUUGAAAGUUAAUCUAACGGGAAUGGAAAAUUUAGACCAAGUUCACAUAAAUAAAGCACAGUUCAUUUGAAAA